GGAGCUGAGAGGUGCAUGCAGAGCAAGUACUGAGACCGCAAGGGAGUUUAACCGAUACUUAGUGGAUUUCUCUUGUUUCUUGGGAAGAAAGUUUCUUUUGCUUAAGUGGGAAUAUAACACCAACGGUAUAUCUACGUUUGAGCACUAGUAAGGUUGCCUUUUAGGAUCUGAAGCAACUCGUCUCUUCGCAGCAAAUGUUUUUCUUUUUUGCUUUUUCUCUCUCACGCUGACUCUCCAUUGCUCAUCCCAUCUGUUGGAGGACUCGCUGCCAAGGCUGCUUCAUAACAAGACGUUCAUCUGUUGUCUGUGCGACUUUAAGUGACACUUUGAAGGCUUUUGGAGCCUUUUUUGCCCUCAAGGAGGGCUUGAAGCGUUUUUUGUUUUCAAGAAAACUUUUUCUCUAUUUUUUUUUUUCUUCUCUAACCCAGCAAAGAUGAUUCACUUAUAUGUACAUAGCAGUCCUACUUAAAAUUAAGUUGCUCCAGUUAAAUUCUACGACUUCAUCCUACACUAGUAUGAGUUAUGACAGCUCCACAUCAAUGCCCAGCAGCAGCUGUCGGGGACGAGCAUCGGGGACCUGCGACAAGGACCGGGAGGACGAGGUGAACGAGCAGAAAACCACCUGUCCCAAUGUCUCCGACCAGGAGCAGGGAGGUGCGUCCAGCCUGUCCGGAGACCAGAGGGAGUCGCACUCGGACGACAUGGACGGCGUUUCCAGCGGGAACGACUCCGGGGAGAGGGAAAGCGAGGGCAGGGCUGGGAGGGAUGGAUUAUGCGGACACCAAUCCACGCCCAGCUCCCACAGUCACAGCUCCUCCAAUGGGAAGGACUCCGGCAUGAUGCUGGAGACCACCGAUAGCACCAAAAGCUCCAACUUCCAGAGUCUGUCACCUCCCAAUGGCUCUCUGGCCUACAGCCUGCUGUCCCACAGCUCGGAGCACAACCCGCCCUCCACCUCCGGCUGGAGCAGCGACCAGUCGGCCCGGCUGCAGACGCAGAAGGAGCUGAUGAAGGCCAUCAAAGAGCUGAAGCUCCGUCUGCCAGCUGAGCGCAAAGCCAAGGGCCACUCCAGCACCCUGAACGCUCUUAAAUACGCCCUGCAGUGUGUCAGACAGGUCCGAGCCAACAAAGAGUACUACCACCAGUGGAGCGUGGAGGAAUGCCACGGCUGCAGCCUGGACCUGUCCACCUUCACCAUCGAGGAGCUGGACAACAUCAGCUCCGAAUACACCCUGAAAAACACAGACACGUUCUCCAUGGCCGUGUCUUUCCUGUCGGGGAAGGUCGUGUACGUUUCCCAGCAGUGUUCAUCCCUGCUGCGCUGCAAGCCCGAGUGCCUCCAGGGGAUAAUGUUUUCGGAGCUCCUCGCUCCGCAGGAUGUCAGCACCUUCUACAGCAGCACGGCCCCCUGCCGACUGCCGCCCUGGGCGUCCUGCAUCGGCUCAGCUUCUCCCCCCGUCGACUGCAACCAGGAGAAGUCCAUGUUCUGUCGGAUCAGCGGCGAUCGGGCGCAGGGGGGCGAGAUGCGUUACCACCCGUUCCGCCUGACGCCCUACCAGCUCACCCUCAGAGACUCGGACGCUGCAGAACCGCAGCCCUGCUGCCUGCUCAUCGCUGAGAAGGUCCACUCUGGAUACGAAGCUCCUCGUAUCCCUGCAGACAAGAGGAUCUUCACCACCAGUCACACUCCCAACUGCCUCUUCCAGGAGGUCGAUGAGAGGGCGGUGCCGCUUUUGGGCUACCUUCCUCAGGAUUUGGUAGGGACCCCCAUCCUGCUCUACAUCCACCCAGACGACAGGCCAACGAUGGUGGCCAUUCAUGAGAAAAUUUUUCAGUUUGCAGGACAGCCCUUUGACUACUCGCCCCUCAGGAUGUGCGCCCGCAGCGGGGAAUACGUGACCAUCGACACCAGCUGGUCCUCCUUCGUCAACCCCUGGAGCAGGAAGGUGGCGUUUGUCGUCGGACGUCACAAAGUCAGAACGAGCCCCCUGAAUGAGGACGUGUUCACCACGGCGAUGGGUGGCGAAAGUCGAGUCACCACGCCUGACGUGGUCCAGCUGAGCGAGCAGAUCCACCGGGUUCUGGUCCAGCCGGUCCACAGCGGCGGCUCCCAAGGCUACAGCUCUCUGGGGUCCAGCGGUUCCCGUGGCUCCCAGCAGCAGCACCCCAGUGCCUCUGCCGCCUCGUCCAGCGAAAGCAACGGCCCCGCCAUGGACGAAGUCGCCGUUGCGGCCUCGCACAAGCCUAUGACGUUCCAGCAAAUCUGCAAAGACGUCCACACGGUCAAGACCAACGGGCAGCAGGUUUUCAUCGAGUCCCGGAACCGUCCUCCGCCUAGAAAAAACACCUGUGCUGGUGCAGCUGGUUUCAGAACCAUAAACAGCGACGCAAUCAGAGAGUCGAUAGCAGACCUGACUCAGUCUCCGAGGUCCCUGGUUCCUGCUGCUCUCCUGCAGAAGGAGCCCUCCACCGGUUACUCCUACCAGCAGAUCAACUGCCUGGACAGCAUCAUCAGGUACUUGGAGAGCUGUAACAUUCCUAACACUGUGAAAAGGAAGUGCGGCUCCUCCUCCUGCACCGCCUCAUCCACGUCCGACGAGGACAAAAAGGCGAACUCCGGCGGCCACGACAACGGUGGUUCAGUUAACCUCGUAGGUGAACCACCUCCUCUGCCUCCCCUGACCAUGGCUUCGAAGGCAGAGAGUGUAGCCUCAGUUACGUCUCAGUGUAGCUUCAGCAGCACCAUCGUCCAUGUAGGAGACAAGAAACCUCCCGAGUCAGACAUUGUGAUGGAGGAGGCUCCUCCAACUCCAACCCCUGUCACUACAGCUACCCACCCAAAACCUCCCACUACUACCAGCUUGACUCCAGCUGCUCCUAUCAGUACAACCACAUUCCCUUCUCCUCUUCCUCCUCCGCCUCCCCCUCCUACUCACCCUCCGGCAAGUCAGCCGGAGAGGGACAGCUGGCGGAGCGGAAGCGUGGGAGGUGUGGCGGCAGGAGGCGGAGCUCCAGGCCGGCUGGGCCUGACCAAGGAGGUUCUGUCUGCCCAUACGCAGCAGGAGGAGCAGGCCUUCCUCGAUCGCUUCAACGAUCUGAGCAGGCUGCGGGUCCUGGAUCAGACGGCGUCUCUGACCACGCGAGGCCAAACCCCGCCUGCACUGUCUCGAGGUGUUCGCUGCUCUCGCGAUUACCCGGCUGCUGGAAGCGGCACAGGCCGACGGCGAGGCCGUGGAGGUAAGAGACUCAAGCACCAGGAGUCGUCGGACCAACUCGGUUCUCAGCCCCUGAAUCGUCAGGACUCUAGAGCACCCGCAGCCUCUGCCCCCCUAAACGUUCCCAUCGGACACUCAACUAACUCCCCAUCAUGGCCGUCUGCGGGCUCCCAGGCCAGCGUUCCUGCCGCUUCCUUCCCCCCUGGUAUGCUUCCCAUCUACCCUGUCUACCCACAGCUCCCCCAGCCUUUACCAGGCUAUGAUCCCACACGUUUCCCCCCCACCCAGAUGGUACCUCCCAUGAUGGCUUUCGUUCUGCCCAACUACAUGUUCCCCCAAAUGGGGAUGCCCAUGUCUCAGCCUGGCGGCUCUGGACAAUUCUACAACCCCACCUACAGUUUCCCCGGGAUGUCCCCCGUCCCUUUCCAAUCUAUAUCCAAUCCUCUUCCCGGGGCGGGCGCCUGCGCCCCAUCCCGCAGCAGCACCCCACAGUCCUUCACUCAGACGCCCGCUGACCGCGAGGGGGCAGAAUCCCCCCUCUUCCAGUCCAGAUGCUCCUCUCCUCUCAACCUGCUACAGCUGGAGGAGACGCCCAGUAACCGGUUAGAAGUGGCCACAGCGUUGGCAGCGUCACAGCAGGCUCAGCCCUCUGUGCAGGGCGCCGCAGCAGGGGUCCAAAGCUCCGCAAAUAAGAGGAGCUCUGAGGAUCCUUCCAAAGAGAACGAGAACGUUGAAGCUGUAGAGUCCAACCAGGACGCCAUGUCCACCUCCAGCGACCUGCUGGACCUGCUGCUGCAGGAGGAUUCCCGCUCAGGCACCGGCUCAGCCGCCUCUGGUUCUGGAUCCUCGGGUACACGGUCCUCUGGAUCAGGCUCUGGCUCUAAUGGGUGCAGCUCCUCUGGAACCAGCGGAACCAUCAGCAGCCAGGGCAGCCACACCAGCAAGUACUUUGGCAGCAUCGACUCCUCAGAGAAUGACCACUCUCGUAAACAGCCAGCAGGGGGCGGCAGUAGCGCAGGAGGAGACGGAGGGGAGGAUCAGUUCAUCAAGUGUGUGCUGCAGGACCCCAUCUGGCUCCUGAUGGCCAACACUGAUGACAAGGUCAUGAUGACGUACCAGCUGCCUGUCAGAAACAUGGAGACGGUGCUGCAGGAGGACCGUGAAGCUUUGAGGAACAUGCAGAAACACCAGCCUCGCUUCACAGAGGAGCAGAAAAAAGAGCUUGGCCAGGUCCAUCCCUGGAUCCGUACGGGACGUCUGCCCCGAUCCAUCAACAUCCCCGGCUGCACAGGGUGCAAGUGUCCCCCCUCUGUACCUCCCACCACACCUUUCGACGUAGAGAUCCAUGAAAUGGAGCUCUGCACCGCGCUGAAAACCCAGGAAGAGUGCAGCAGCAAGGAAACGGCGGCUCGCGCUGAGACGGCGAUGGACGACGUCCAAUUAGAGGAUGAAGACGAGGAGGAGGAGGCACAAAGGAAAGACCCCCAAACACAAGAGAAUACAGAAGACAUGGUGCAAAAGGAGGAGAGAGUGGAAGCAGAGACGGUUAAAGACCGAACAGAGACUUAAUACGAAAAAGAAAAGCACUUGCGUUUUAUCACUUUCCUGCUCAUCUGCAGAGAAAA